GCCGCAUAUGCAUUAAGCGUUUAAUAAAACAACACAAUUAUAGUCUACAAUCAACAUCAAUAAAAUAGUAAUUCUCUUUUCUCACCAGAAGCAGACAUACAAGGAUAUGAAUCACGUUUUCCUCCCUCUCUGAUUUUGACUUCCAAAAAGACAGAAAUAAUUGCAUCCAUUCUUCUUCUUCUUUUCCUCUGCUUCAAUAUCUGAAUUAGCAACUAUAGUGGAGUAUAUAUCUAGACAAGCUUCACUUCUGGUUUUUCUUUAAUUUUUUUAAUGGAGGAGCCAAAUCGAUUUGCGACUAUAAAUGAAGAAGAAAGAGACACAGAGAGCAAUUACUCCCAGCAUCAGCCUCUGCUCAAGAGAAAUCGAACAUUGUCGUCCACUCCAAUUGCCAUUGUGGGAGCUAAGGUCUCCCACAUCGAAAGUUUGGAUUAUGAGGUCAACGAGAAUGAUAUAUUCAAGCAUGACUGGAGAAGAAGAUCCAGAGCGCAAGCAUUACAGUAUGUCUUCUUCAAAUGGACACUGGCAUUCCUGGUCGGGCUUCUUACAGGAGGUGUGGCCACCCUCAUCGGUCUCUCAACCGAAAAUAUUGCUGGUUACAAACUUCGGGCUGUAGUGAACUAUAUUGACGAAAAAAGGUACCUUAUGGGAUUUGCAUAUUUUGCGGGUGCUAACUUUCUGCUGACAUUGGUAGCUGCCUUUCUCACUGUUUAUUUUGCACCUACCGCUGCUGGGCCUGGAGUUCCGGAAAUCAAAGCCUAUCUCAAUGGUGUAGACACUCCCAAUAUGUUUGGAGCAACCACACUCUUCGUCAAGAUCAUUGGAAGCAUUGGAGCAGUUUCAGCAGGCUUAGAUCUUGGGAAAGAAGGGCCAUUAAUUCACAUUGGCACUUGCAUUGCUUCUUUGUUAGGUCAAGGUGGAUCAGACAAUUUUCGACUAAGUUGGCAUUGGCUCCGUUACUUCAACAAUGAUAGGGACAAGCGAGAUCUCAUUACAUACGGUUCAUCAUCAGGUGUCUGUGCUGCUUUCCGUGCUCCAAUAGGUGGCGUAUUAUUUGCUUUAGAGGAAGUUGCAACGUGGUGGAGAAGCGCCCUCCUCUGGAGAACAUUCUUUAGCACUGCUGUUGUGGUUGUAGUACUAAGAGCCUUUAUGGAAUACUGCAAAUCUGGUAGCUGUGGACUUUUUGGUAGAGGAGGACUUAUCAUGUUUGAUGUGAGUGGUGUAAUUGUUAGGUACCAUGGUGUGGACAUCAUCCCAGUUGUUAUUAUUGGAGUCAUUGGCGGUCUCCUUGGUAGCCUCUACAAUCAUGUCCUCCACAAGGUCCUCAGGCUCUAUAAUCUCAUUAACGAGAAGGGAAAAUUACAUAAGCUGUUUCUUGCUCUAAGUGUUUCCCUCUUCACCUCCAUUUGCAUGUAUGGACUUCCUUUUCUUGCUAAAUGCAAGCCUUGUGAUUCAUCCCUAUCAGUGUCUUGUCCUGCUACUGGAGGGACAGGAAACUUCAAACAAUUCAACUGUCCAAAUGGCUAUUACAAUGAUCUGGCCACUCUUCUCCUUACAACAAACGAGGACGCGGUCAGAAACAUUUUCUCCCUAAACACUGCCACUGAAUUCCAAGUAAUGUCACUUCUCAUCUUCUUUGUAUUGUAUUGCAUCUUGGGAGUUGUUACUUUUGGAAUUGCAGUGCCCUCUGGUCUCUUCCUUCCAAUCAUCCUCAUGGGUUCAGGUUAUGGUCGCUUGCUUGGCAUUGCCAUGAGACCUUACACAAAAAUUGAUCAAGGGUUGUAUGCUGUUCUUGGAGCAGCUUCCCUUAUGGCUGGUUCGAUGAGAAUGACUGUUUCUGUUUGUGUCAUAUUUCUUGAGCUAACAAACAACCUCCUCCUUCUACCAAUCACAAUGCUAGUCCUUCUAAUUGCUAAAAGUGUAGGAGACUGCUUUAACCCAAGUAUCUAUGAAAUAAUUUUGGAACUAAAAGGUCUACCUUUCUUGGAAGCACAUCCUGAGCCAUGGAUGAGGAAUAUCACAGUUGGUGAACUUGCUGAUGUAAAGCCACCAGUAGUUACACUUCAGGGAAUUGAGAAAGUGAGACGAAUCGUAGAGGUUUUAAAAAACACCACACACAAUGGAUUCCCUGUUGUAGGUGGAGAGAUACCUGAAUUGCAUGGACUUGUCUUAAGGACUCACCUUCUUUUGGUGCUAAAAAAGAAGUGGUUCUUGAAUGAGAGAAGGAGAACAGAGGAUUGGGAAGUAGAGGAGAAAUUCACAUGGAUUGAUCUAGCAGAAAGGUGGGGUAAAAUUGAAGAUUUUACGGUUACAAAGGAUGAAAUGGAGAUGUAUGUUGAUUUGCAUCCCUUGAUCAACACAACCCCUCAUACCGUGGCGGAAAGCAUGUCAGUAGCAAAGGUAUUAGUGGCUUUCAGGCAAGUGGGGCUUCGACACAUGAUCAUCGUACCCAAAUACCAAGCAGCAGGGGUAUUUCCAGUGGUUGGAAUCUUAACCAGACAAGAUCUAAGGGCCUGCAACAUUUUGAGUGUCUUCCCACAUCUGGCAAAGUCUAAGAGUAGCAAAAAGGGGCACUGAACUUAUUCAUGGAGAAAAUAUGCUUGUCAUUCUUAUUGUAUAUUUUCUUCCAAUCAUCCCUUCUUUUCUUCCAGUA